AUGUAAUAAUCACUUCUUUAACUCCACUAUGCCAUUGGUUUUAGUGGUAAAAUGUCUCGUAGUGUCCAUUUUCAUCCUAACUCAAAAGAAUAUAUUUGUAUAUCCGGAAAUUAACUAAUAAUCACGAACUUAAACCCCACAUCAACCCCUUAACACUUUUUAAAAGGCCACGAUAACCAAAUUACCUGCGUUACCAUAUCAAAUAAUGGCAAAUACAUAGCUUCAGGUUAACAAGGUGAUAAUUCUGAUGUCAUAAUAUGGGAUUAUGAUCAAAAAAGGAUAAAAUAUAGGCUAAGUGAACAUGAUUAUGAGGGAAGAUAUGUUGUUUGCUGGAACUUCUUCGGGUGA